UAGAAUCUGCUUCAGACACGCAGCACAAUUGCAAAAGCAAGACUCUCACAGAAUACCCGUAUCUCAUCAUCCCAAUCAUCUCAAAAGGUAAGAACAAUCCAUCUCUCCUUUCAAAGAAACAAAAUGGGUGUUUGCUCUUUCUUCUAUUCUCAUCUUUGAAAAUUGCUAUAGAAAGCUGGUCAUGAGAAUAGGUUCUUUUCUCUCUCUCUAGAAUGGGAUUUUGCUUUCUGGGUCUUUGCAAAUCCCCCCUAGAAUGCAGGCUCUGAGCAUCUGGCCUUCGAAAAUGGACAUUUUGGCAACACCCAAUUUGAAUUUUGAUCUUGGUUCUUGCAUUUCGAAGAAAUUAUGGAGCUUUGGUUCCAAUCUUUCACUUGUUUCAAUCAAUUCAAUGGGAAUUAGCAGCUUCCGUAGCGGACUGAAUUGCCGUCAGGUUCGGAAUCUCGAUAGCCGAAAUGGAUUUUCUACCGAUCGCUCGAAACCCAACUCGGUUCUUGUUCACAACCGGAAGAGCGGCUCUUUUGGGGCAAUGGUUGGUUCGGCUUGGGCUUUGGAGCAGGAAGUGGGCGGGGUUGAAAUUACACAAGGAGCAUUGAAUUUGAAUUGUGGGUUUUCAGAGGAAUCUGAGAAUGACAAGGACAGUCGUGAUACAGAAGGAGGAGACUGUGAAAACAGAAGCAAAUUACGUGAAGAGAAGAGUGGGAAGAUCGAUGUUCGUGCAUUGGCGCAUAGUUUGCAGUGUGCAAAAACUGCUGACGAUGUGGAGGAAGUUCUUAAAGAUUUCAAAGAGCUACCUCUUCCUGUAUAUUCGUCGAUGAUUAGAGGUUUCGGCAUUGAUAGGAAAUUGGAUUCAGCCAUUGCUCUCGUUGAAUGGCUUAAAAGAAAGAAGAAGGGUUCCCGUGGUUUUUCUGGCCCAAACCUUUUCAUCUACAACAGUCUUUUGGGUGCUCUGAAGCAAUCAGAACAAUUCGGACAAGUCAAUAAAGUGAUGGAAGAUAUGAAAAAGGAAGGCAUCAUCCCCAACAUUGUAACGUACAACACUUUGAUGGCAGUUUAUCUCGAACAAGGCCGUCCAAAGGAGGCUCUUGGCAUUAUGGCUGAAAUCCAGGAGAAGGGUCUAUCUCCGUCUGCUGUGACGUAUUCAACAGCCUUACUUGCAUAUCGAAGAAUGGAAGAUGCAGAUGGGGCGCUUCAGUUCUUCGUUGAAACAAGGGAGAAGUAUCGUAAGGGGGAGAUUGGAAAAGAUGCAGGUGAGAAUUGGGAGAAUGAACUUGUUAAGCUUGAGAAUUUCAUGAUUCGCAUUUGCUACCAGGUGAUGCGGAGGUGGCUUGUGAAAAGAGAUCAUUCAACUACCAAUGCCUUAAAGCUUCUUGCCGAUAUGGAUAAGAUGGGGCUCCGGCCCGGUCAAGCGGAAUACGAGCGCCUUGUGUGGGCGUGUACCAUGGAAGGCCACUACCUUGUAGCGAAAGAGUUGUAUAGAAGGAUAAGGGAAACAGAGAGUGAUAUUAGCUUGUCAGUCUGCAACCAUUUGAUAUGGCUGAUGGGGAAGGCGAAGAAAUGGUGGGCCGCAUUGGAGAUUUAUGAGGACUUGUUGGACAAGGGGCCAGAACCCAAUAAUCUAUCGUAUGAGCUGAUUGUUUCUCAUUUCAAUAUACUGCUUACUGCAGCAAGCAGAAGGGGAAUUUGGAGAUGGGGUGUUAGGUUGAUCAAUAAGAUGCAAGAUAAAGGCCUAAAACCAGGAAGCAGAGAGUGGAAUGCAGUUCUUGUUGCCUGCUCCAGGGCAUCAGAGACUUCGGCUGCAGUUGAAAUAUUUAGGAGGAUGGUCGAACAAGGUGAAAAACCUACAAUCCUUUCUUAUGGGGCAUUGCUUAGUGCCCUUGAGAAAGGGAAGAUGUAUGAUGAGGCUCUCCGGGUAUGGGAGCAUAUGUGCAAGUUGGGUGUCAAGCCGAAUUUGCAUGCAUACACAAUUCUUGUCUCGGUUUACAUUGGACAAGGGCGGCCCGAGGAGGUGGAUUCAGUCAUCCGGGAGAUGGUUGCGUCUGGAAACGAUCCGACUGUCGUCACCUACAAUGCGAUCAUAAGCGGCUGUGCACGGAACAGUAUGGGCAGUGCUGCAUUUGAGUGGUUUCACCGCAUGAAAGUUCAGAACAUCACGCCGAAUGAGAUUACAUACGAGAUGCUGAUUGAAGCUCUAGCCAUAGAUGCGAAGCCGAGACUUGCGUAUGAGAUGUAUUUGAGGGCUCGCAAUGAGGGGCUGCGUCUUUCUUCAAAGGCUUAUGAUGCUGUUGUACAAUCAUCACAGAAUUACAAUGCGAGUAUAGAUACAAGUGCUUUAGGACCUCGGCCAGCAGAAAAGAGAAAAGGUUUAAAGACGAGAAAGGUCUUGUCAGAGUUCUGUGAACUAGCAGACGUACCUAGGAGAGGUAAACCGUUCCACAAAGAUGAAAUUUAUACUUCACAAACACAAGGAUAUAACAGAAAUUCACUAUGAUACAAUCAACAUAAAGCACUGUACGUAUUGGAAUUCUCCCUUAACAUUUGUAGUUCGGUAUACAUUUCCCCUUGAGAAUUCAACAUGCCUAUUAUCAUA